GGGUGGGCCGUUGUCGCCAUUCAGCGGGUGCAGAACUAUCCCCUCCGGGAAGCCUAUCACUUCGAGCGCCAGCAAAUGUUGCGGGAGCUGCGGCGCCGAACCGCCGAGGGAUCUCCGGAGGAGGAGGGAAAACCGGAUCUGGAGCUGAAGGAGGUCUGGAAGGGAGGCGAGGCAGCGCUGCUUGGAGAGCUCCAGGAGCGACUCCUUGCGCACGGGACACGGACUUGUGAUCCCACG